UUUGACAGUAGCUGUUUGAAGCAACCAGGAUUGGUUUGAGGAAGCGAAUCUGAUCCGUGUGCCCAAGAGUCAGCGAAGGAAAUCUGGGUUUUGGUUGUUUGCAGCUACUGCCUACGGUGCAAGAAUCGCACCCACGGCUUUUGUCACUCAGAAGCAACAGCUGUAGAGAUCCACAUUCGGUGCUCGGUGGAUUCCGACUGAUCUGAAGAUGCGCUCCAUGUUGCUUUUAUAUUUCUUCAAACACACACAAAGUCAGUGUCACGCUUAUUGAAGACGGAUGCUUCCGCAAGAUCGGCUUCGCUUUUGCAACCUAAGAAAGAGAGUCUAAGAGAGAUAAGAAAGACAUACGUUCUGAAACGAUCUCAGUUUUUUUCUUUCCUUUUUUGCAUUGCGGGAUCUUUUUUGUGGAUUAAUAAAGAGACUGACUAGUUUUUUGUGCUUGUGCUUUCAACACCGAUUGCUAAUUUUUGGAUUACUGUUUUACAACUACGGAAGGAAACGGAUAAUAGAGAUGCGCACCUUCAAAUGAAAAGCCUGAAGCAAUUUGGAAUUUAAAGCACUUGGAUCGUGCAGUUAAUUUUUUCGUGCGUUCCAGCCGCCUUUAUGUGUAUGUGGGUUUUCAAAAAGAAAAGAAAAGACACAUCCAUUAAACGACAGCCGGUGAAGUGGUUAAUCACACAGGUACACGCUUUACGCGAAGACAGUGCACCCCUGCCUUGUCGGACGGGCAUUUCCAUGUCGAUUGUGUGUGUUUCGUGUUCAUUUCGACAAGGAAGCGCUGAAGUGUUCUAAAACCCCGCUUUUGACUGGACUGGAAAGAAGAGCGCUGCUACCAGUCAUCGGGGCCGGGGCCAUUCUGCGCGAUUUGGAAUAAUUAGCCGAUUGAGCCGCAGUGUCGAUGUGUGAAUUCAGACAGUGACACAUGCUAUUAGGAUGGUACCGCUACCGGUAAUGAAAUAUUAAAGUGUGCGGAUCAGCUAAUAAAUAUUUCGCCUGGAGCUCCUACCUCACGUCAACCACACUUUGAUGUCAGUGUUAAGAUUUGAGAAAAUCGUUUUAUGAGAAUAAUAAAGAAGAACCCUCUUAACAGAAAACCUGCCGUGCCCAGCGUGCCAGGACAAAACGGUUAUCCUUGAUGGCGGAGUUUGCUAAAAAGAACGGCGGCGUGUCAUCGUCCCCGUUAACGGCGAAAAAGCCGAUGGGGUUAGCAAAGGAAGCGGAUGGAGAGACACGCGGAGGGCGCUCCGUUGUGAACGGGGUCUGCACGGCUACUGACGGCUCGGGAUCUCCAGGCGCGCCGGCCAGUCCUGGGAUAGAUACGGCCAGUGGCAACCCAGGCGGAGGAGAGAGCAAGCCUAGCAUCCCUAGGAGAAGCAGCAUCAUCAAGGAUGCAUCAAGACAAAGAAGAGAGAGAAAGAAGACCGUUUCCUUCAGCAGCAUGCCAACAGAGAAGAAAAUCAGUAGUGCCAGUGACUGCAUUAACUCCAUGGUGGAAGGUUCUGAACUCAAAAAAGUCCGAUCCAAUUCAAGAGUAUAUCAUAGGUAUUUUCUUUUAGAUGCAGAUAUGCAGUCCCUAAGAUGGGAACCCUCAAAGAAAGAAUCUGAAAAAGCAAAGAUUGACAUAAAAUCCAUUAAGGAGGUGCGGACAGGGAAGAACACUGAAAUUUUCCGUACCAAUGGUAUUUAUGAUCAGAUAUCUGAAGACUGUGCAUUUUCGGUCAUAUAUGGAGAAAAUUAUGAAUCGUUGGACUUGGUAGCAAAUUCUGCAGAUGUUGCAAAUAUUUGGGUUACUGGGCUUAGAUACCUGGUGUCCUAUGGAAAACAUACCCUUGAUAUGAUUGAGAGCAGUCAAAAUAACAUGAGGACUUCGUGGCUGUGUGACCUCUUUGCUGAGGCAGAUGUUAAUGGUGUUGGUGAAGUGAAUUUGAGCACAGCAGUGCAAAUGAUCAAAAACCUUAAUUCUGGACUAAAGCACAGCAAAGUAGAGUUGAAGUUUAAAGAAUUUCACAAAGCUAAAGACAAAAUAGGAGAUAACGUUAUAAAGGAGGAAUUCAUCGAAGUGUUCCAUGAACUUUGCACCAGACCUGAAAUCUACUUUCUUUUGGUUCAGUUCUCAAGCAAUAAAGAGUUCCUUGAUACCAAGGAUCUCAUGAUGUUUCUGGAAGCCGAGCAGGGAAUGGCCCAAGUGAGCGAAGAAACGAGUCUUGAACUGAUUCACAAGUACGAGCCGUCAAGAGAAGGACGAGAGAAGGGUUGCCUCUCCUUGGAUGGAUUUACGAAUUACCUCAUGUCAUCCGAGUGCCAAAUAUUUGACCCUGAGCAUACAAAAGUGUGUCAGGACAUGAAACAACCCUUGUCUCAUUAUUAUAUUAAUUCUUCUCAUAAUACCUAUUUGAUAGAAGACCAGUUUCGUGGCCCUUCUGACAUCACAGGAUAUAUUAGAGCCCUUAAAAUGGGCUGUCGGAGUGUUGAGUUGGAUGUUUGGGAUGGUCCAGACAAUGAGCCUGUUAUAUAUACAGGCCACACUAUGACAUCACAAAUUGUCUUCCGUAGUGUGAUUGACAUUAUUAACAAAUAUGCUUUUGUAGCUUCUGAAUACCCCUUGAUUCUUUGUUUAGAAAAUCAUUGUUCUAUUAAGCAACAGAAAGUCAUGUCUCAGCAUAUUAAAAAAAUCCUUGGAGACAAAAUCUAUGCGGACUGCCCAAAUGCGAAUGACACUUACCUGCCAUCUCCUGAUGGUCUAAAAAACAAGAUCUUACUGAAAGCCAAGAAGCUUGCACAAAACUGCAGCGGUCUGGAGGGAGAUGUGACCGAUGAAGAUGAGGGAGCAGAGAUGUCACAAAGAGUGGCAAAUGAAUCUGGAGAACCUCAAACCACAGUCGCCCAGAAAAGGUUUAAGCUUUCCAAAGAACUUUCUGACAUGGUGAGCCUUUGCAAGUCGGUGGCAUUCAAUGAUUUCCAGUUUUCCUUCCAGAGCCAGAAAUAUUGGGAAAUGUGUUCUUUCAAUGAAGUUUUAGCAACCCGCUUUUCUAAUGACUGCGCAGGAGAUUUUGUGAAUUAUAAUAAAAGGUUCCUUGCCAGAGUUUUUCCAAGUCCCAUGAGGAUAGAUUCUAGUAACAUGAAUCCUCAGGACUUCUGGAAAUGUGGAUGCCAGAUAGUAGCCAUGAAUUUUCAAACUCCAGGCUUAAUGAUGGAUCUUAAUAUUGGCUGGUUCCGUCAAAACGGAAAUUGUGGAUAUGUGCUCCGGCCUGCUAUUAUGAGGGAAGAAGUGUCAUAUUUUAGUGCCAACACUAAGGAUUCAGUUCCGGGAGUUUCUCCUCAGCUUCUUCACAUUAAGAUCAUUAGUGGGCAGAACUUUCCAAAACCCAAGGGCUCUGGUGCAAAGGGUGAUGUUGUCGAUCCUUAUGUCUAUGUGGAAAUUCACGGAAUACCAGCUGACUGUGCUGAACAGAGGACCAAAACUAUAUAUCAGAAUGGAGAUAAUCCUAUUUUUGAUGAGAGCUUCGAGUUCCAAAUCAACCUGCCGGAGCUGGCCAUGGUUCGCUUUGUGGUGCUGGAUGAUGACUACAUUGGAGACGAAUUUAUUGGACAGUAUACGAUUCCCUUUGAGUGCCUACAGCCAGGUUAUCGUCAUGUUCCAAUGCAGUCCCUAACGGGAGAGGUGUUACCCCACGCUUCUCUUUUUGUACACGUGGCAAUCACAAACCGUAGAGGUGGCGGCAAACCGCACAAACGAGGGCUUUCUGUGAGGAAAGGAAAGAAAUCCAGGGAGUACCCCGCAAUGAGGAUAUUGUUUAUUAAGGCCCUGGAUGAGGUCUUCAAGAAUGCAAUUCAGCCUCUUAAAGAAGGAACGGAUCUAAGAGAGAACAUGCAGAAUGCCAUCGUCCCAUUUAAAGAGCUGUGUGGGCUGUCUGCAGUGUCCAAUCCAAUGCAGUGCAUCCUGGCAUUAUCAGCACGUCUUAUGAGUAGCGAUGGCACCCCCCUCGUGGUGUUUAACCUCAAAGACCAGUACCCUAUCAUGGAGCCUCAAUGUGCCAUCCCCGAGGUGCUUAAAAAAGUAGUGGCGGCAUAUGACACAGUGAUUCAGACUAGCAAGGUGCUCAUUGAGAAUGUAGACGGAGUUCAUGAAAAGAUAAUGCAGUGCCAGAAAACAGCUAUGGAAUACCACGAGAACCUGCACAGCAUUGCAGCCAAAGAAGGUCUUAAAGGGAGGAAGCUGCAGAAGGCAGUGGAGAACUUCACCUGGAACAUCACCAUUCUGAAGGGCCAAGCCGAUCUGCUCAAACACGCCAAGAACGAGGUGCUGGAAAACCUGAAGCAGAUCCAUUACGCGGCCCUCACGUGUGAACUGGGAAAGAUGAACGUCGGAGCCGGCGAAUCGUCGAGGGGACGGCGCAGUUUGGAGGUCAUUCCCGAGAAAGCAGCAGGGGAUGAGGAGGCUGCCGAGAGUUAGUGGCCAACCGUGCCGCAGCAGCCUGGGAACAUCCAAGAUGAGGCUUCAAGAUGCACUUAUAAUGGAAAACAAGAAAGAAAAAGGAACACUGCCAGCAGCGGCCCACCCAGAAGGGCAGUUUGCUCUUUUUGGCAGUGGGCUGAUGUUAAAGCACAAUGUGAAGGAUGUCCAACAAUCUGAAGCAACUGGAGGAGUGAAUGUAGCGCCAGGAAGUGUGAAACGUAGCUAUUUAUAGAAAUGGACAUCUCGAUGUUCGUUCUGCCAAGCCUGUGUGUAUAUAAGGAGUUUUAAUGUUAUGACUUUAUGUGCAUUCUGAUUUCAUUUUUUUGUUUGUUUUGUUUUACAGGGUUUGUUUCAGGUUUAGUGAGAAAGCUGCUUUUUAAAAAAAAACAAAACUGUAUUUUAGAAGGGUCAAAUCCACCUAAGCAAACUCCCACCCACCCACACGUAUCGAUAGAUAGAUAGAUAGAUAGAUAGAUAGAUAGAUAGAUAGAUAGAUAGAUAGAUAGAUAGAUAGAUAGAUAGAUAGAUGUAUAAAUAGAGUUCUUACCAAUCCAAAGUGUUUGGAAAAAGGUCAUUGGAGGAAACAAAACGCCACGUAGUUCAUUGAGCCAUCUCUCCAGUCCACCCACCCGCCCGCCAGUCCAUAGAGAGAACAGAAUAUCCAGAGGGGCCGCGGCGGGAGACAUCACUGCUUCUAGGGAGCUGCCGAGUCGUGCUGAUGGCAUCCUGUGUGGCUGUUUGGGUGGAAUCUGAGAAGAGAAGAGCUGCUAGGUGGUCUGUCGUAGCCUCAGCAGCUCAGCCUGACGAGAGAGAGAGA